GCCCGGGGAGCGCGGCCGGGCCCUGCCUGCAGCAACGGGGCCCGGCACCCUGUCCUGGUGCUGCUGGGGCGCGGAAGAGGCCCGGCGGCUGGGCUGGGGCUCAGGCGGAACGGGCCGGGGCUGGGCCCAGAGCCCCGAGCGCUCCGCCUGGGUGUUGCCUGGCUCGCCCUGUGUGAGGGAGCGGCUCGGUUCGCCUGCGGUGCGCGCCUGGCGGGAAGAGCGCGGCUGGUGAAGCACCGUAGGCACCUGGGCGGGCAGAGCCGGGCCGGCAGCCCUUGGUGUCCUGGUCACCGCUGAUCGGGGCAGGCGGUGCAGUCCGUGUUCUAGACACAGCGAAAUAAACUGCGGUAUUUGGGGACCAUGGCUACAGACCCACUCUCGGAGCUUCAAGAUGACCUGAACUUGGAUAAUACCAACCAGUCCCUCAGCCAGCUCAAACUGGCCUCUGUAGAUGAUAAGAACUGGCCAGCAGAUGAAGUCCCUGCUUUUCCCAAAUCAGAUGAUUCCAAAGGCUCCCCUGAGCCUGUCACUCACCUGCAGUGGAAUGAUCCUUACUAUGAUAUCGCCAGGCACCACAUUGUGGAAGUAGCAGACCAGGGUGCACUUGAUGGGGCCCAACCAGGUGAUGACAAAUACGGAAGGAAAGUAAUUUUGUUCAGUGCCUGCCGGAUGCCCCCAAGUCAUCAACUAGAUCAUGUGAAACUGCUGGGAUACCUGAAAUUCACACUUGACCAGUAUGUGGAGAGUGACUACACUCUGGUGUACCUGCACCAUGGCCUGACCAGUGAGAACAAGCCAUCCCUGAGCUGGUUACGGGAUGCCUACAGGGAAUUUGAUCGCAAGUACAAGAAGAACAUCAAAGCCUUGUAUAUUGUGCACCCAACUAUGUUCAUCAAGACCCUCCUGAUACUCUUCAAGCCUCUGAUCAGCUUUAAAUUUGGACGAAAGAUUUUUUAUGUGAAUUACCUUAGUGAGCUGGAGGAGUAUGUGAAGCUGGAGCAGUUGGGGAUCCCAAGCCAAGUGCUAAAGUAUGAUGAAUACCUGAGAUCCCUGCAGAAACCUUUGCAAGUGCCCCAGAAGCCAACACCCCCACGUCCACCACUGCCAAACCAGCAGUUUGGAGUCUCCCUACAGCAUCUCAGGGAGAAGAGCCCUGAUCAGUCUCCUGUUCCUCUGGUGGUCAGAGACACCAUUUCUCAUUUGCGGGAGCAUGCUCUUAAUACAGAGGGGAUUUUCCGGAGAUCAGCAAAUACACAGGUUGUCAGAGAGGUCCAGCAAAAAUACAAUAUGGGUGUGCCUGUAGAUUUCCAGGAGUAUGAAGAUGUCCACCUCCCUGCUGUGAUUCUCAAGACCUUCUUGAGGGAGCUACCUGAGCCCCUCCUCACUUUUGCCCUCUACAGCCAUGUUGUCAGCUUCCAGAGUGUGGAGGAGGUGAAACGUGUGGAUGUUGUUCGCAAAACGCUCCAGGAUUUGCCCGAAGAAAACUACCAAGUGCUCCGUUUAUUGACAGCCUUUCUGGUGCAGGUCUCUGCUCACAGCGACAGAAACAAGAUGACAAACACCAACCUGGCAGUUGUGUUUGGCCCAAAUCUGCUCUGGGCCAAAGAUGUGGCCAUCACUCUAAAAGCCAUCAAUCCCAUCAAUACCUUUACCAAAUUCCUGCUGGACCACCAGAAGGAGCUGUUUGAGGCUGCAGAGGCCUGAAUCCAGGCCAGCCCACACCUGCACACUGUGCUCACCUUCCCCCUUCUUUGUCUUGGAGCUGUGACCAAGCUGUCUCCAGUACAAAGGGACCAUUGAUCUUCUGGGUGAUGAGCAGAGUGAGGGCUGUGGAGAUGAUGGUGAAAGUGUGCAAGUAAGUGAGCAGGACACCUGCAGCUCUGGAUGGGGAGGGGAGCUGGUCUCUUAGCUGCUGAGACUGGAGUCCUAACCCACCUGCGCAGCUCCUCCAGGGCUCAUCACCAGUCUUCUGCCCUAUCAGAUGACCUGCCUUCCUUUCCUCCUUCCCUUAUGUGCAGUUUUUCUGCCCUGCUGGUCCCUUCCUCAUCACAGAUCUUUUUAUUCAAGCUCACCCCUCCUUGCCUCAGCUGGGCUGUUUGGGCUAGGGUGGGGUUGCUGGAUUUUGUGAUGGAGACAUUCUUACUGUGAGUGCCAUUUCUCAGCACUGAGCAUGCAUCCUGCCUUUCCCCAGGGGCACCUAAAGCAGGGAAGGGAGCAGCAGCCCUUGUGCUUCAGGUAGCAGCAUGUCCUGCAUUUGCAAAUACCACUCUAGGCCCCCUGCUUUUGGUAGGCAGGUGAAGGACAGGCUCAUGGCAAUGGGCUGUGUUACCUGUCAGACUCCAAAACAAUGAAGAUGAGUUUAGCCCAAAGCCCAGCCCCUCUGGGGUCACCCACUCCAGAUACUAUUCAGUGUUGGACUGUAGUGGGUGACUUGCCUCCCACAGUUAUCCAGCUCAGGUGUGUUUGUCCCUCCAGCAGCACUUCCAGCCUGCCUGGGAAGGUUCAUGCCAGGCCUGGCUGUGCAUGUGGGCCAGCUGUGACCCUUUGACAGCUGGUGAGUCUGAAUGGCAGGAGCAAGUGCCCUGGUGGCACUGAGCUGCUGAACACCAUGAGGAUCACCAUCUGUCCUGGCAGCAGCACAAGGCCUCCUCUUCUGGCACAUGUAUCUGUGCUGACUGGCACAGACUGCCUUGACUAGUUAGUUGUCUUUUUGAGCACAACUUUCCCCAGCACAGUCUAACAGAGAGCAUGGCCUUGAGGGAAGGUCUAGGGACUGGGGCUAACCCUCACCAUGGAGUGCACCAGGCCUGGAUUACAAAUUUCUGCCUAGAUGCUGAGCACUCGUGCCAAAGCUGUGAGGGAACAGCUAUUACACGCCAAGGGCCUUUGCCGUGUCUCCUCCUGGGUUCAUACUUUGUACCCUGGCAUCUGGUCAGCUGCAUCCUGGAUGCCCUGGGCACAGCUGCAGAGAUUGUGUUCUCUGCAAGGCAGGCUCAGAGUGGGGUGGUCCCAGCACCUCUCUGGAGCAGCUGUGAUACUGUUAUAGCAUCUCUGUUGGUUUGGGUUGCCUCAUUCCCAUUACCUGAGCUAAAAGAGAUCCUUCUCCUCAGCCUGGGCCUGUCAGGGUUUUAGGAGGGAGCUUCUAGCCUUACUUCUAUGGUGUGAUUUAUCUUUGUAUCUUGUGCCCUGUGUGCCUGGGCCAGACCUCCCUGCUGCAUCUGGCCUCAGGACAAAUCUUUUGGACCAAGCAGAACUGGUUUUUUAAAGCUACUGGAUGCUAAAGAGAAUUUGCUUUUUCAUAACAUUUUAGCCUGCCUUUAAACACUGACCAAGGGUCGGUGUCCCUGGUAUAGUCAAAGUAAGUGUCAUCUGCUGCAGGAAUUGAGGAGAUUGCUCUUUUUGCUAAACUCUGGAAUGGGGAUGGGUGCAAACGUAGGCUGCUCUGCAAGGCAGCGCAGGUCCAGCCAGCUGCCUUGGAGGAGGCGCACCAACAUGUGGGUGGGAUAAGUGAACAUUUCUAAGACUGGAGCAAGAGAGGUUCCAAGAUGGAAUUGGAUCUGAUCCUUUCUAGAUACCGGGAAGACUUUGCCCUAUGGAGGCUACCAGGCUGCUGACUUCUUCAAGUCUCCCUCUUCCAAUAGCAGGAGCCUUCCCUGUUAGGCCAGAAUAUGAAUUGUUUCAUCCUGAACAAUUCACAGCAGUAACUAAGUAAAUGUUUUGGAGGGAGAGAUAAUCUGCUCCUAAUUAAUUUGUGAUCUCUUCUAGAGUGAGUUAGCAGGGCUGAUGUGCUGUGGAGGAGUAAUCUGGGGUGGACUAGUGUGGAGAGAGGUAUACUUCCCCCAGUGUUUAAGGGGCAGGGCUGUGGAGGCUGAGGGACCCCAGUGCAGCCCCUCUUUCCCUGCAGGCGUCCUGCUCUGUGGAGGCUUUGGUAGGGGGAGAAGGAGACUUGGUGCUCUGACUGUAUCUGCAGCUGACACUGACUUCAUCUCUGUAGAGGAAAGGCAAGCCCAGGUAAUUUCUGGGACAAAUGCCUAAGCUCGGCAGUCUGGAAUCCAAGUGCUUGUGUGCAUGAGACCUGGCUCUGUGCACUCUCUGGGGAAGGUGGCAUGUUCUGGCCUUGCAGAGCAGCAAGGACUGUUCCCUGCCCAGUAGCCAGAGGAACAGUGCUGGAGUAGCUCCUGUCCAGGGGGAAAGUGGAGAAUACUGCAAGUGUCUGAGUUCUGGCUGAAGUUUAGUGGGUUUUUUGGUUUUUUUUUUUUAGUAAAUUCUUGAAAUUACGUUUCCUUUUUUAGCAAAAUAGAGGCUGGUUCAUCCCCUGCUGGCAGGGAUAAAAGCCUGCUCCAGUUCAGUGCUAACAGGGACCAGAUUCAGAGUGUUCAGGGAACUACUACUGCUCAUGGUGAGAAAGUGCUUGCAAAUCCUGGAAGAGACCCACUGCAAAUAGCCCCUUUUCUCUGCUGCUCCUCGUGCUAGAGCUGCUGAGGGCCCUGGAGCAGGCACAGUAAUCAGGGUUGCUUUUGCAAUCUGUUCUCCCAAAUGCCUUGUAUUGAAAUAUUCCUCCUGUGGUCUGAGCAGAGAACUGGCCCGGUCCUGCCUGCAGCCUGUGUCAGGUGGGUGGUCACCAGAGCCUGCACCUGCCAAGGCCAGGGGGUUAAAUUCCCUCCUCACAUGGGCAGGGUGCUGGCUGGGCUGGUUUUCUCUGCCUUGUAUAGGUUGGGGGUGGUAUACAAUUAAGGUGCUGGUCUGUGUCAGUUUUCGCCUUGCUAUAGAGCUGUCCAUGGGUCUCUUUCCUGGCUUACCUUUUAGGUUAGCUAUUAGCCAUUUCUUCCUGUUGGGGGUACUUGUUCUGCAUCAACCUCCUCCUUUUAGCACCUAGAACACUCCUCUCUGCUAAGCCUCCUGCUGUCUUAAUGGCCUCUGAUCACUCCCUGGCCCAAGCUGUGAACUGACACCAGAGCUUCUGGGUGGUGCAGGAGGUCUGGGGCCAUCCAGAUGCCUUGUGUGCUGACAUGAGAGUGCCGAGGGCCAGUUUGGUCCGAGUUUCCUUUUUUAUGCACAGGGGCUCCUGUGCAAAAAUUUUGGCUUUGCUUUUGUUGCUGGGGUUCCUUGCCUUCUUUGUUGAUGUUCAUCAGGUGCAGGCCUGGGUUUUCACAGUUCACACUGUUUAUUUUCGUUUAAUCUGCACCAAUCUUGUAUUUCACAGUUUGCACUUUUUGUAUUUCAAUAAAAAUCAAAAUGUAAUCUCAGAUCCAGAUAUGUUCGUCACAUGGCAGCAGCAGUGACACAUCUACAAGAAACAAGUAAGGCCAUCCUAUGCUGCCAACCACAACCAUGCUGCAAGGAAGGAAAGAAAGUAUUAAAUGCCUCCUAUGUGAGUAACUGAAGAAAUACUAGUUUGCAGGAGCCUUGGGCUGGAAACAGAAUUAAAACAAAAAUGAAGCAGUAUAGAUCUGGCUCUCCUGAAGAGGGCUGUUCUUCCACAUUACCAUCUUCCUGUCAUGAUGAGCAGUCUGCCUAGGAUUUCCAAGGGUGCCAAGCGGGAGCCACUUUAGGAUUAGCUGGCUAAGUUUAUCCUGGGGCCAGGUGAUACACUCAUCAGAAGCCUGCACCUUCUCAUUUCAAUGUAUGUGGAUUGCUAACUUGAUGAACAGUAGUCUGGUUAGGACCACUGCACUCCUCUUGAUCCAUAUUCAGUUCACUAUUUUUUCCUAAAGACUGCAAUUUGCCUGUUAUAUCAGUAAGCUUUUUGGCUAGGAUGCAAGAAUUAGGAGUAGAAUGGAGAGCACUGGGGCUAAAACCAUCAGCCUUGGGCAGUAGCCUGACUGCUGGGAUGUCAGUGAUGGUAUGUCAGGGUGAUGUGUUGAUGCUGAUGUCGACACUUGCAUGUCUAAACUGUGUACUGCUUGUCAGUUUUUACUGUACCAGUUAAGAGCUUCCCAGUGUUGCCAGUUCCCCUUCUCCAUGUUGACAUGGCCCCUGUAAUGGGGUCAGCGUGGUUAACAUGCCAACUAUACAGCAAGAUCUCAAACCUCCUCUCAGUGUAGCAGCUGGUCCUUGCUUUGGGCUUUGUCACAGUGACCUGCCUGGCAUUGUGCUGUAGCAACAUCAGCUCCAAGGAGCUAAAUGCAUCUGUCCCUGACAGGGAGCUGGCACUGGCAGGACCUAUGUUAUGUGCAGCCAUGGGCAGUACUGAAUGCAGUGUGAACACCAUUGCAACUGAGCACAUUCUCAUUAGUAGCUGCCCCCUGACUUUAUGGACACUCUUCUGAGAACAUUUUUUAUAAAUACAUAAAGUAGGCUCACAAAGCGAUGGUAUUUAAUUGUUCAUGAUCUUGGUGGUUAAUCAUACUUCUGUGACUGUUUUACUUUCUCACUUAUUUCCCGAUGGUUUUUCCAAUCUCUUGUCUUCCUGGUGACAUGGUGUAAAUAGUGGAUACUGAAAGCCCUGUAGUAAGCCCCAGAUCCUACAGGAUGAUUUCUGUGAGUUUUGACACUGUACCAUGUCUUUUUUAAGUUCAUGAAAUGACACUUAUAAAUACACACAUAUACAUGCAUAUAAUGUAGACCCAUCGGUAUCUGUUAGAUUACAGCAGUAUACUCAGUUUACUGUGUUGCCUUCUGAAGAUGUGAUUAAGAAAAGAUUGUUUUUGUUACCCUUGUAUCCCAAGCUGGAAUAUUCCCUUCAUAGAAGCUUGUAAUACAGAGUCAUUUUUCUUC